GACCGCUGAAUGUUACGGACUUGAAUGUGUCGCUCCGCCUGUAGCUCCGCCCUUCGCAAUCAUGCCGGAUGCCAUGUGUCGAACUUGCACCUGCACAUGGACCAUGACGUAAUGAAAGCAAUGGAUGAUACCAUUGACUGCCAUAGCUACUAUAGUCAGACUUGUUGUUUAGUUGAUCAAGGAGAUCCUUGCAAGAAAUCUGCAGGGAAUGCAUCUUACAGCAAGAGAAUAGAGAAGACUGUUGCACAAAGAAAAUUGAAGCUUCAAGUAGAUCCAUUAGCACGGCACCUGUAUAUUUGUGAUUUUCACAAAAAUGUGAUACAGUUAGCAAGGACAAAACGGAAGCACAAGGACUCUGACAAUGAAAGUAAUGAAGCUGAUGGGGAUCGUCCGGAGAUUGAUUGGCUUCAGCUCCAGUUGAAUACCUUAAGGAGAUACAGAAAACAUUACAAACUAAGUGCACAGCCCGGAUUGAACAAGUCCCAACUCACUGAGUGCAUAAGAAAACACUUCAAGAAUAUCCCAGUGUCAGAGAAGGAGGUCCUCACAUUCUUCAUUUACAUGAUCAAAACCAACAGAAAUAAGUUGGAUCAGAAACCUGUGAAUGGGAAUGGGGACAGCAACAAGACUUGAAUGGUGAUAUCCUCCUUUGAGGACCCUCUUCCCACUUGUGAUAUGGAAUAUGAAAAUAUAUAUGAUUUCAGUUUUGUUAAUAUGGAUUGAUGCAUGUUGCAGUUUUUGAUAUAUUACAUUUCCCAUCAAUGUCCACUGACGCCUGUUGUACUCUGUCAAAGAUAUGAACUAAGAAUCCUAAGAUUGGAUUUUUAUUUUACCUGUGUUGCUGUCAUAUCCACCUACUUGUAUUUUGCAUCCAUUGAGAGGACAAUCUCAAGACUGAUGAAGUGUGUUCAGCCUAAACCUUCACUUGUAGGGAUGGAAAAUCUCCUUGUUUGACCCUGCCCAAGAAAAUACAAUUUGAUUUUGAUUCUGUGACA